AUGUGGAGAGUGUGUCACCAUUCCCGCAUUUGUGACGGAGGACAGUGUUUCAAACUCGGUGGGCGGUUACUUCCUGUGUUUGUCCCUCUGGCUACAUCCCAUCUCCUGACCAAAACUCGCUGCAUUGACCAGCAGGCAGGCUUGUGUUUCGGGGGUCUGCUGAACGGGCGCUGUGCCCAGGAGCUGCCCGGCCUCUUCAGUAAGGCCACAUGCUGCUGUGACAGCGGACGCUGCUGGGCACGAGGGUCACUGCCUGAAAUAUGCCCCGCCCGAGGAUCAGAGGAGUACCGCCGGCUGUGUGUCCAAGGAGUCCUACCCUACCCAGAUGGAGACUUUGGAGGGAGACCCAACCCCAUGAAUCCUCUAAAUCCUUUGAUCCCUCAAAGGCCCAAUGGUGGCAACGACCCGUCCAGCCCCAAUGGUGGCUAUGAUCCAUCUAGACCCAAUGGUGGCUAUGAUCCAUCUAGACCCAAUGGUGGGUAUGAUCCAUCUAGACCCAAUGGUGGCUAUGAUCCAUCUAGACCCAAUGGUGGCUAUGACCCAUCCAGACCCAAUGGUGGGUAUGAUCCAUCUAGACCCAGCAGUGGCUACGAUCCAACACUGAAUGGCCAAGGGGUUCCUAAUGGAAAUGGACAAAGGCCAGACUUAGGCACAGCGACUCUGAACCAGACGAUGAACGUCUGUAAGCAGCUGCCCAACCUGUGUCUGCACAGUCGCUGCAUCCUCGUGGGCUCUAGCUACCGCUGCGAGUGCAACAAUGGCUACACUCUGGACACUCGCCAAGAAUGUGCAGAUGUAGAUGAGUGUUCCUCCGACCCCUGCCCCAAUGGGAACUGUGUGAACACGGCCGGUUCCUUCUACUGCAAGUGCCACACAGGGUUCCAAAGAAUCCCAGGGAAACAGGUCUGCAUCGACAUUGACGAGUGCCUGCACAACGGGGUUCUGUGUGAGAACGGCCGCUGUCUCAACAUGGAUGGAAGCUUCCAGUGCAUCUGUAACGCAGGCUUCCAGCUCACCCCAGACGGCAGGAACUGUGUCGACCAUGACGAGUGCGCCGGCACCAACAUGUGUCUGAACGGCRUGUGUAUCAACGAGGACGGUAGCUUCAAGUGUCUGUGCAAACCCGGCUUCACCCUGGCUUCCAGUGGCCGCUACUGCACAGAUAUUGAUGAGUGUCAGACUCCAGGCAUGUGUAUGAACGGCCGCUGUGUCAACACUGAGGGCUCCUUCAAGUGUGAGUGCCUGGCAGGGCUGGCUGUGGGGGCGGAUGGACGCUUCUGUGUAGGUAAGGAACACACCAUCCGCAGCACCUGCUACGCGCCUAAAGAAGGGUGUGUGCGUGCGUCCCUUGCAGGGAGCCGUCACCAAGUCGGAGUGCUGCUGUGCCAACAAACGAACUACGGCUUCGGAGAGCCCUGUGUGUCUUGCCCAGCCAAGAACUCAGACAUCAAUGAGUGUGCACUGAACCCAGAGAUCUGUCCCAAUGGAGUGUGUGAGAACCUCAAGAGGCAGUUUUCCGCUGCUUCUGUAACACUGGCUACGAACAUUGACGAGUGCAUGGUGAACCGGCCUCCUCUGCCGACAACGGACUGUGUCGGAACAUUCCGGAAGCUACAGCUGCACCUGCCCCAAGGGCUACCCUCUUCAGGCCGGACUCUGAGACAUGCGAAGUAA